AUGGCUAAUGCCCAAGAAACAAAAAAAAUUUUAACUCACGAUCAACUAUGGGAUGUAUUAGUUGAUCUACCAAGUGAAUUUUCAACACCAUCAAAUGUCCAACGUUUUCGAAAUUAUACAUCACCUGAUGUUAGUAAUCAACGUACACAUCCGGGUAGAGCUAAUGAUCCUAAUCGACGAGAAAUGACACAUGGUGUCAAACUAAUUGAAUCUGAACAUAGUGGAACACUAAUUAAUCCAAAAAAGAAAACAAAUUAUGAACAACGUCAAUUUAAUGCAAAUGAAUUAGUUUAUGAACGAAAUCGUACUAAACUAAAACAAGACCAAGCAUUGCCAAAAACAAUUGAUAAAUAUGAGACAACAUUUGGUAUUAAAACAAUAUCAGGCGAACGUGUAGGUGAUAUUGUUAAUCCAAAAAUUUCUCAACCACUAAUUGAAUAUGAUUAUGAACAACCACGUGGCAUGUAUUUGUUAAGUCAUAAAUCAUUUGAACCAGGCGAACAAUUAAAUCGUAAUUAUAUAUCUGGUGAUGUUAUUCGUCAACAAACAUUUGGUUUACCUACUCCAGUAUAUAAAGAUGGUCGAUUUGCUCGUGCAUCAUUAAAUUGGAUUGAUAAAAGUAAAUCUGUACCAAUUAUAUCACAAACCGUUCAUGAAUAUGAUGAAUCAAGAUCAGAUGAUUCUAAUAUACGUAUGAAACGUUUUCUUGAACAAACUCAUCUUGAUCCAAAUCAUCGUUUUGGUCUCAUGACAUCAACUGAUAGAUUAUCGGCCGGUGAAGUUAUUCAUCAACGUCCACAAUUACAGGAACAAAUUGUCUAUCCAAAUCAUAAUAUAAGCACCAUGUUUGAUGAUAAAGAAUUAACGGCAAUAGCCAAAGUUCGUGCACAUUUAUGUUCAUUAAAUAUGCAUACCUUCAAAACACAAUUACAAGCAUUUCAGUUUUAUGAUGAAAAUCAAGAUGGUUAUAUUUCUCAACGUGAAUUAUCAUCGACAAUUGAAAAAAAUUUUAAUCUUAAUUUAAAUGAAUCUGUUAUAUCGGCCGUAAUGCGUUAUUGUGAUUUUGAUCAUGAUGGUCAAUUAAAUUUUCUUGAAUUUAGUAAUUUUCUUUGUUAUCGAGUUGCUCAUGCAUCCGGUUUAGAAAAAUUAAUUGAAAAUAAUUUAGAUGUGAAAAAACAAAUUAAUAAUGCAUCAUUACAUGAAAAAUUAGUUACAGUUUUAAAAGAUUCCUAUGGUCGAAAUUUAUUAUUUUUAACAGAUAUAGAAGAAAAAACGGGUAAAUAUUAUGUAAGAAAAUUGGUAACACAAAUGGAUGAAAUGGUACCCGACGGAUGGAAAACAAGUUAUGAUAAAAUAAACGAAGCUCCAUUUCGUUCUGAACCACAAGUAAAACGUGUUUAUGGUUUACCAUCAAUUGAUAAUAAUCAACAUGAUUAUUCAAUAUCAAAAAAUAGAAAUAAGCAUCAAUUGGGAGCGAAUACUAUUGUCGGUUCUCUCUUGUCACCAUCAAUUUGGAGUGAACGUGGCCUAACAGAAAAUGAUCUUUUAAAACCAAAAACAAUGGAAGAAAUUCGUGAUAUAUUUGCAGCAGCUCAGAUUCCAGUUAGCAGUGAUGAUUUUGUUUAUGCAUGGACAAAAGCUAGCGAAGAAAAUUCAGGACAUGUGAGUUUUGCCACAUUUAAAGAUGCAUUAGAUCUAAAAAAUCGUAAAUUAGGAAAUUAUCAAUUAGUUUAUACGUAA